AUGGUGCGCUCCUGCGGUCCCCUGUCCCCUACGGCAGGCGGUUCCUUGCGCUCCGCCUCUCCGGGCGCGGCCGCUUCUUUCUCUUCUUCUUCGCCAUUUCCUUCCUACUCUUGCGCGCCGUUCAGCAGAACGGCGCGCGCGCCACGGCCUCAUGGGCCCUUCGGCGGAUACGGCUCACGCUGCGAUGACGGCGGGAGUUUAGGCUGCGCGCAGUGGUCCGUCUUCCGCGACGGCGCGGACCCAGAGGAAGAGGCCAGGGUCGAGGGCAGACAAAGACUGCCCUACAGCGUAGACAUGACAACUGGAAGAGGCUCUGAACGACGCCCUCUGCUCCCUGGAAUUCCAGGAUUAUGCCCCGCCGCCAGCGCGUUAUGGGCCGUUCGCAUCUCUCGGUUCACGUUGGUCACGGUCGCUCCCUCCUUAAGUGCACUCUCAUCCACCAACACUCCUUGUCUGCUGUCCUACUCUGAGCAUGUGCGCGUUGCUUCCUCCUUUUCUUAUGCAGUUGCCUACUACGAGCAAUUAGAUUCGGCGGCAGAGGACUCGCUGGCAGUACCUCGGGCGACCUUUUCGCCUCCGGCGCGGCGGCCUUUGAGGGUCCCCCGUAGUCAGCCCCGCCUGGCUCCCGUCUCGCCCAGUCGCGCCUGUGUGCCACCUCGUGCGGCCUCUGCGAGGACGACGCAGAGGCAUUCCAAUGCGGCGAGGGAGCAGCGCGUCGCGUCUUCCGCGAGGCGAAGCCGGGAGGCGAACACCCGCGAGGAGCGAACUAAUUGUUCGCCUGUAUCCUCCGCAGGCAAGGAGGUGAAGCGACAGACGGAGGCGAAAGGUGGGCUGCUUGGCUCACGGAUGGUGCGAGCUGAUGCUCCGCGGCCCUCUGUGCGCACGGAGGCGUCUCGCGCCGAAGACGAACAGGAGACCGUCGAGCUGGAGCACGCGUCGCCCGCCGGUGCCACUCCUGCGACGGCGCCGCAGCUCCUGCGACAGAAAACGAGGAGGGAGAAGGCGGACGACGAUGACAAGUGCGCCCGGCUUCGCGCACUUCGCGCGCAUGUGCAGACACUCAGCAGCCUGUGCUUGACUGGCUCCGCACGGAGAGCGAACUCUCAAUUGGGUUCGCUGUCGCGGCGCUUCACGAGGACCGAUUUCGCGGUAGGCGCGCAGUCCGAGGAAGGCUCGGAAGGGGGGGUCGCGCCUUUCUUCGCAGUCGCCGCGCCCUCGGGGCUGCUCACCGGCGUGUCGCGGGGCGUCCUCGGCAGAGGGACGGAGAACGCAAAGGAGGAGGGUGGCAUCGAAGAAAUCGAGCGACCGAAACCCCUGCGGUCGCGCGCGGCUCCCAAGUCUUUCACGACGAUCCGUGGAGCCUUGCGCGAUGGAGAGGUAAAAAGGGACCAGACGGCGACGCGCGAGUCCUCAGACGCAGACAUCGAGGCGCUCGACGUUGACGACAUUCGAUCUGGCCCGUCGUCGGAGGACUCCUCAUCCCGGCGCCGUGCCCGACCGCCGGCGCGUGCGGUGGCGUCUCGGCAGUUCGCGUCUUCACCGAGUAUAAGGCGAGAGAUGCCGUCGCGCUGGACGUGCGCGGCGGAGGGCGCGGAGGACGCCUCCGAAGCCUCGCUGUCUUCCUGGGAGUCCGGGGGCCUCGACAUCUGCUGGGAGUUCUCAGAGAUCGGCGAGUCCGCGACGACCAGCACGCGGAAGCCUGUCUCGAGUAGAGGGCGAGCAUCUGGCGCGGACAGCAGGCGCGGGCUCAGCAACCGCCGCUCCAGAAGCAUGCGGCUGGCCAAGUCCGACGGCGCGACGGGCCAAGGCGGGGGACGAAGGAGAGAAGACGGAUACGUGAGGUUUUUCUCUGACGAGCAGGAGGAGGCAGACGCGAGGGCUGUCACGGCGGCGCAGCUGCGCGCCUCGCAGUUCGCCAUUGAGCAGCUGCGAGAGGCGAUUGAGAGGCGAAGGACGCAGAACAACUUGAGGCUGUUCCACUCCGACUUCGCCGGCGGCGGGCCUGGCUCGCGCCGACGGCACGAGGAGCGCGAGUGGCGCAAAGACGAAGAAAGAGAAAAGGAGGCCGCAGAGCUGGCGUCGCAGAUCUUGGGAGAAGCGAACUACUACGCCCAGGAAACGGACCCCGACCUCGCUCAGGCGUACGACCGGCUGGCCGCGCAUCUUCAGCAUCUGCGGGACUUACAAGACGCACAGCAUCGAAUCCCGCAUCGCGGAAAGAGUAGUGACGAGUACCAAGCCUUCCUCGAGACGGUGCAGCUGGCGAUCCGCAAGGCGCUGGAGGCGGAGAGGGACGGCGAGCUCCUGCCGUCCCUCGCCGUGUCGUCGCCAGACGGCUACCGCGCAGUUCACGGACACAGGAGGGGCGUCUCGACGCCCGCGCAGCAGGCCUUUUGCCCUCCUUUCUCGCUCUUCACGAAGCCCUCGCGGGCUGCGGUCUCCCCUUCGGGUCCCGCCGGAGCACAACCGGCGUGCGGGGCGAGGGCUGCAGCGGGAGCGCGGCGCCAGGAGCAGGACUCCGAGAAGUCCGACGGAGAGAAGAGCUGCCGCAGAGGGCGGUCGUCCUCGCCUCUCUUCUUCAGCGGCGUAGGAUGGAGGAAGCAAACAGAAGAGGACGGCGAGGAGCGGACCUCGCGCCGGCAGCGAGACAAGAGGGGAGAGAGGGGCGAAGCCUCGUCUCUGGCUCUCGACGGGGACUUAGUGUUUGGAGAAGGAAGGUCUCGAGACCACUCGGAAACCGGUCGACAAGAUGGAGACCGAAUCGAACUUCCGUCUCCUGUUAUGUGGGGCGUGCAUCCGCCGGAGGGUGUCGAACGGGACGAGGAUCUCUGCGUCCUCUCAGGCGAAGUCGGAGGCCUCGCGCAACCGAGAACCAACAGGGGGGAGAAGUGUCAGAAGGAUUCAGGGCGCAGCAGAAAAGAAGGAAAGAAGGCGGAACCGAGUCCCAAACCCGAGGCCGACGCGCACGUUUCUGUCAAUGCACGCCUAUCAGAGGCUCUGUCGUGCGAGAAAACGCUGCACUUCAUGGGGAGCCCAUUCGUUGCAACUGCAGAAGAGGCGGACGCUGGGGCCCUCCAGGAAGGUGACGAUCUCAACGACGCUCUCGAGCGCCUCCAUCUCUUGGAGGCCUACCUCCAGUCUGAUCCGAGCGUCGGCACCUUGCCGCGAUCGCGCGUGGAGUGCUCAGAGAAGCUGAAACAGGCUGUCGAGGCUCUCGAUGCAGUCCGGGCGCAGCCCAGGGGCCCCCUUGGGGGCAGCGAGGACGGUGGUCAGGAAACUUCGAGACGAACGCAGCUCGACAUUCAGGAUCUCCAGUUCCUUACGGGAUUGUUGCUCAUGGAGAAAACGCGGCGCGAGAGAGCGCGAGGAGGAAACCAGGGACACGGGGCCAGUCCAAUUCUGCCUGUCGUUCCUCCCUCUGUCGAGCUCGAGUCGGGCGACUCGAGCGGCGGCGCGUCUGAGAAGCGCCUUCUGGACAAGCGCCGGCUGUCUCCGCUAAGGCGGCCGGGUUCCCGCGUGCGCUUCGUCGCUUCGAGUUUUAGGCACGAAGAGGACCGCGUCUCGCCCGUCGCCCCAGCCUCGAGCCCGUCGUCAGCGCCCGCGGCGGCGCGUCUCCCUCCUGCGUCUUCCGCCGCGUCGCAGACCCUGUCCAGCCACCCUGCGCCCUCGGCGGCUUCAGUUGCUCCGACCGUAGGUCUCCCUCCGGCUUCCACUACGAGCGCGGUCGUGAAGCAGGCCAACCCGCGUCCUUCGGCGUCACGGAGCGGAGGGCUGUGGAGCGGCCCGAGCUCCUCGAGCUCUGAAGGCGUCUCGACGCUGCCCUCACCCGCCGAAGAAGAAGUCCAGGAGCCCACGUUCAGCAUCAAGGUGUCUCCUGCGCUGUCCAUCGCUGAGUCGCAGCUCCGUGCGGCGCGGAAGGACUCGCGGGAGCUCCCCGCACGCUCGGCUUCGCAGCUGCUCGAACCCGCCGCCCUCUCGACCGUUCUUGGCGCGGCCGAAGGCAAGCCGCCGUCCGCGCCCGCGUCGCCUUCGCAGCUGUCGUCUCCCGCGUCGUCCUGCGAGGCGGAGUCGCGGGGAGCGCCCUCGCUCGGGGCGAGCCCGAGGGCUAGCGGGGUCAUCAGCUCGACCCGACUCUGCGAGAGCGACCCGCCGCAAAGGGAAACCUCCAGAGGUCGCAAGUCUCCUGUGGGCGCGAGUGUCGCUCUCAGCAGUCUCUCCGCUUCGCAGGCACUGCCCUCUCUUCAGGAGGAUGCGCCGGCGCCCGCCGUCGAGGAUGCGCCCAUCCUUGUGGAGGCGAGCCCCACAGUGGAUGUGGCACCGAAGGCCGCGGAGGAAAACGAAAACGCUGGAGAGAAGAGCGAACCGCCCGUCGCCAAGCUCCCCUACUCCGGAACGUCCACGAUACUCCGAAUGGGAUCUCUCGAUCCUGCAGAGGACGCCAAAUACGAAAUUGUGGUUUCUCUUGGCCAGCUCAAGAACGUGUUUGUCUUCUCCGAGAACCUCCAGCCGAGAAAAAUUUUCUGCGUCGUGCACUACCAGGGGCAAGACGUUCAGGAGCUCAUGCGGACGCGGAUGCAACGCUCCAAGACGCAGCGAGUCGUCGAACAAGGCGCUCACGCGUACAGCUGUGACAUCAAUGAAGAGGUGAUCCUGCCCUUCCACUCCCACCGCGCUGGCGUGCGCGUUACAGUCAUGCAGCUGCAGGUUGACGACGACCUCGCCGCCUCCGUGCCGGCGCUUGAGAGCUUCCAGUUCGUGCCCCUCGGCACCACCCCCCUUCUUCUCUACAACAACGCAAACCAGGACGGCGAAAAGACUUUCUGGUCGCUGCUCAACACGAAGGACCCGGGCGCAUCGACAGGCGAGCUGUCGGUCGGCCUCUUCGCGCGUCCCAAGCGCGCGUCUGAGAUCUCGCAGCUCAGGAGCAGUUUCGCGCAUCGCAGCUCAAUCGCACCUCAAGUCGAAAUGCGUAGCGAAAAACUUGACAGAGAAGCAGGCCGUCCGCCGCUUCGAAGUCCGAGGAAGUCUCUCGUUCUCAGCUCCCCAAGCCCCGACGAGGACGCCUCGCCAGCCUCUGCAGGCGCGGAGGGUGAGCAGUCCCAUGCAGAGGCGGGCGCGGCCGCGAAAGACGCAGAUCGUGAGCUCUCGGCAGGAUCUGAGAGCUCACCCACUAGAGAGAAACACAAAAAAAAAGGAACACAAAAGAAGAGGCACGCCAGCGCCGAGAAGGCAGAAGAGGAGAUCACGCACGAGAGCGAGGGCAGGGUGGAGACGGCGGGUAGUCAGGACUCCGUGAGCUCGUCGCUCCCCGCGCCGCUGGAAUCGGAGAGCGGAGCGUCCGCGAACGGGGCAGACACUGCGAUGGGAGUCGACGAGCGAGCGCAAGACGAGGCGGCGGCGGGAGACGAAGGAGCGGAGCAAGAAGUCCCGAACGGUGACGGCGGAGACAAGGCAGCCUAG